AUGCCUCCUUCCGGCCUCCAAAAUGGCUCGUCUUCUCUUCCGCCGCUCGAAGAGUCCCCGGCGUCCCCCUCCAUCUACGAAUCUUCCUCCCUAGCCGCCAUCCGGGCAUCCCUCGCGACCCUCCACUCCCGCGAUGCGGCCAUCUCUUCCCGUCUGCAGGCCCUCAUUGCCUCACAGGCAGACCUCUCCCGCGAGCUUGGACGCUUAGAUCUGUUGCGCGCACACUUAGGUACCCAGGUCGUGAAUACAAGAAGCAUAAGCAAUGGCAUGCUGGACUCUGCCGCGAACACUGCCUCCCACCUCUCAUCCAAAGUCAAGGAGCUUGAUUUGGAAAAGAAGAGAGUGGAGGAGACGCUCGGUGUUGUGGAACAGGUCGCGGAGUUGAAAGCUUGUGUACAAGGCGUUAUAGGAUCUAUGGGUGCCCCGCAGGACUGGGAAGCGGCUGCUGGAUACAUUGCGCGUUCGUCCAAAAUACCAAAGUCAAUUAUUGAGGGGAAGUUUGCAGCCACCGUUGUCCCCUCUGUCGAAGUCCCGGAUGCGCCUGGAGUUACAAUCGAAUCUUCGAAGGAAUCACUAUGUGGUCUGUUCUUGAGAGAAUUCGAGAAGGCCGCAGAGGAAGGUGAUGGUGCAAAGGUUACACGCUUCUUUAAAUUGUUUCCCCUCAUAGGAAGAGAGGAUACGGGACUAGAAGUCUAUGGAAAAUAUGUUUGUCAGGGCGUGGCAAGCAGGGCCCGGGCGAAUUUGAAAGAAGGGACGAAAGGGCGGGAGUCCAAGGAUGGAUUUUUCUAUGCGAAUGCCUUGACGAAGUUAUUCGAGCAUAUUGCACAAAUUGUGGAAGGGCAUGGCGGUUUGGUAGAGAGACAUUAUGGGGCGGGUCGAAUGGUCAAAGUGAUCGAAAGGUUACAGAUUGAGGCGGAUGUUCAGGGGGGGAUUGUGCUGGAUACAUGGAGUGAUGAGAGGAAUGUGGACAGAAGAUUGACGGAUGUGAAGAGCUAUCCCUUCUCAUUUUUGGUGCAGAGCUUCUUACCUGCGCAGAGAUCAUCCGGAAUUUCUAGGACCAAUUCGCCAGCCGUUGGGGGUGGUACGGACGGGAGACUUAGUGAAGACGAAGGAGUAGACAUGAAGGAGGUUGAUGGGUUACUGAGUGAGAUGGCCAUCAUGCUUGGUCGCUGGUCUCUAUAUUCCCGGUUCCUUGGCGGGAAGUGUAGGGACCCGGCCGAAAGUCCUGAUGGACCUUUGCUCAUGCCAGAUUUACUCGCAAAAUCAGCCCUGACGCGAAAAAUCUCUGCGCGUUUGACGACACCUUUCAACGUAAUGACUACUUUCUUCUUCCGGCGCUCUGUAGAAAAGGCAUUCCAGCUCGAUGAGUUACCUACGGGACUCACACUCAAUCCCUCCAAGCCAAUAGAUGGCAGCGGUCCGUUCAUCAUCUCCGCCGUCGACGAUGUAAUGUACAUCGUCAAUACUGUCCUCCAACGUUCUCUUUCGACGUCUCAGCGAGACGUGAUAUCCUCGGUCGUACCAACUAUUGGCCGAGUUCUCGGCUCUGAUUUCGUUGGUAUGGUCCAGCGGAAAAUGCGGGACGAGUACUACCCCAAAGCCGUUGUCCAAGGCGGCUUUCCCCCGGAGGAUAAAAUCAUAGCAUUCAUUGUCCUUAUUAAUUCCCUUGACGUGGCGAACGACUACAUAUCACGAAUCGUCAGCUCUCGUCUAAAUCCCGAACCGGCCAACAAUGGGAAUACGCUGCAAGACAUGUUCCCCUUCUCCCAUGAUGCAACUUUUGUCGCUAAUACGCUCGAAACCCUCAACGUUACAUUCUCAUCCAAGACCUCUGAGCUCAUCACAGAUGGAAUGCACGUCUUGUUUAACCAAGUCAUCAAGCCUCGCCUUCGUCCUGUCCUCUCUGAUACUUUCCGAGACGCCGACUAUUCAUUAACAGAAGAAGAUCUCGCCGACCUAGCAAGACAAGAUGAUACAGAUGAGGAUCCUGAAUUUUUCCAGGAAAUCGUAACCCGAAGAUUCGAGCAUUCCUGGGACGCUCUCAUGAGACCCAUCAAGCGUAUCCUGACCGCCAAAACAUAUGCGAUGUUGCUCGACUCAACAGCUAAAUACCUUGCCCGGGUACUCGAGAAACGCAUCUGGUCAUAUGCAGGGAAGAUGAAUGCUCUCGGUGCCACGCGGAUAGAGAAAGACUUCUCUGGCAUCGUGGGCGCGGUAGCCAAGGGCGGCAAAUAUAGCGUCCGCGAUCUCUUCUCCAGGGUUACCCAGAUCUGUAUGCUAGUCACGAUGGAGGACGAGGAAUGGGAAGCGCUGGUUGAGGAGGAGAAAGAUGGCGAUGAGGAGAUGGCUUGGGUGUUAAGUCUUGAUGAGAGGCUGAGGGCUAGGAAUAUGGUGAGAAAUUGA